GUUGUGAGCUGGGUGGCUAGACCUGCCCGGAGCCGACACUCCGCGGUCGGGAGCGCGCUCACUGCCGCGCCUCCUCUCCGCUCUUCCUAGGCUCUCGUCGGCGGCGACUACGCGGCGUAGUAGACGUUGGGACUGUGGGUAGGCGACUAGCAUCGGGAUCGGAAUGAACAGCGGCGGCGGUUUCACCUUGGGCCUUGGCUUCGGCCUGACUAACACGGCUGUGAUUCAAGUGACUAACCUGUCGUCGGCUGUGACCAGCGAGCAGAUGCGGACCUUGUUCACUUUCCUGGGAGAAAUCGAAGAGCUGCGGCUCUACCCCCCAGACAACGCACCUCUUGCUUUUUCCUCCAAAGUAUGUUAUGUUAAGUUUCGUGACCCAUCGAGUGUUGGUGUGGCCCAGCAUCUAACUAACACGGUUUUUAUUGACAGAGCUCUGAUAGUUGUACCGUGUGCAGAAGGUAAAAUUCCAGAAGAAUCCAAAGCUCUUUCUUUACUGGCUCCUGCUCCAACCAUGACGAGUCUGAUGCCUGGUGCAGGGUUGCUUCCUAUACCAACUCCAAAUCCCUUGACUACACUUAGUGUCUCACUUAGCAGUUUGGGAGCUAUACCAGCAGCAGCACUAGAUCCUAACCUUGCUACACUUGGAGAGAUACCACAGCCACCACUUAUGGGAAAUGUGGAUCCUUCCAAAAUCGAUGAGAUUAGGAGGACUGUCUAUGUUGGAAACUUGAAUUCCCAGACAACCACAGCUGAUCAGCUCCUUGAAUUUUUUAAACAAGUUGGAGAAGUGAAGUUUGUUCGUAUGGCAGGUGAUGAGACUCAGCCAACUCGAUUUGCUUUUGUGGAAUUUGCAGAUCAGAACUCAGUACCAAGAGCUCUUGCUUUUAAUGGAGUAAUGUUUGGAGACAGGCCGCUGAAAAUAAAUCACUCCAACAAUGCAAUAGUAAAGCCUCCUGAGAUGACUCCUCAGGCUGCUGCUAAGGAACUAGAAGAAGUUAUGAAAAGAGUACGAGAAGCCCAGUCCUUUAUCUCAGCAGCUAUUGAACCAGAGUCUGGAAAGAGCAAUGAAAGAAAAGGCGGCAGAUCUCGUUCCCAUACUCGUUCAAAAUCCAGGUCUAGCUCAAAAUCACAUUCUAGAAGGAAAAGAUCACCAUCAAAACACAGGAGCAGAUCCCAUAAUAGGUCCCGUUCGAGACAGAAAGAUAGGCGUAGAUCCAAGAGUCCCUACAAAAAGCGUUCCAAGUCUAAGGAGAGAAGGAAAUCAAGGACUCGUUCACGUUCACGGGACAAGAAAAAAGAAAAAGAAAAUCGAGAAAAGAUCAAGGAAAAAGAAAGACUGAGAGAAAAAGAAAGGGAUAGAGACAGAGAAAGGGAAAAGGAACGGAGUAAAAAUAAAGAAAGAGAUCGAGAAAAGGACAGAGAGAGAGAUCGAGAAAAAGAUCAAGAAAAAGAACAGGAAAAAGAGCGAGAUAAAGAAAAGGAACAGGACAGAGAGAGAGAACGAGAAAAGGAGAGAACCAGAGAGAUAGAUGAAAAAAGAAAGAAGGAUAAGAAAUCCAGAACACCUCCCAGAAGUUAUAAUGCAUCAAGAAGAUCUCGUAGUUCCAGCAGAGAAAGACGUAGGAGGAAGAGCAGAAGUCCUUCUAAAUCGCCCAAAACAUCAAAAGCCAUAAAAAGGAAGUCUUCUCGAUCUCCAUCACCCCGGAGAAAUAAGAAGGAUAAAAAGAGGGAAAAAGAAAAAGACCAAAACAUAGACAGAAAAGAGAGAGAACGGUCAACAUCUAAGAAAAAGAGCUUUAAAGACAAAGAAGUAAAAGACAAAUUGGAAAAGAGCACAAGUACAUUAAAGGAGAAAGAACAGACUAAGGAAGUAUUGGAUAUAGGAGGUGAAAAAAUAGAUGAUGACAAAGAAGCUCCAAAGACUGAUGAAAACAAAGUACAGCAUAAUGGGAAUUGCCAACCAAAUGAAGAAAACCUUACUGCCAAGGCAGAAACGGUAUAGGGCCAAUAGAUCCUUACCACUAAACUCAGCUGUAGAGUGGAAUCCAAAGCUUUUAAUUCUCUCAUUAAGAAGCCAACAGUAAAGCAGUCCAGUCGACUAUAGAUAUGUAUGAAUAGCUCUUACAGUUGUCAGAUGACUUUAUGGUCAUCUUAUUAAAGAGAAAAGAAACCAAGUAUGGGCAUCAUGAAAACAAGGAAUGUUACCCAACCUGACUCGUCAAAAAUCUGUGCAUUUCCAUGAUGGCUGACCUACUUGUGAAAUAAUUUGUUAGUGUUUGCCAAGGACCAUUACAAAAGAUCUGAAUUUGCAAUGCUCAGAAGUGAAAAAGAUAAUGCAUUGGAGGCUGUUCAAAUACUGCUAGUUACUGAAUUUUGUACUUUGCUUUUUAUGUUUUAAUUUCAAUAUAUAUUGUUUGAUGAUGUGUUUGAAAAUGGUGCAAAAAUAUAAAUACACCCCUGUAAAUGGAAAAAAGUAUGUAAGACAUUUUAACAUUACUUCACAGUUUUACAGUGAUUGUGUUAAAUGCCUUUUAAUAGGUUUUCAUUUGCUCACUAUUUGGGACAACACUUCUUUUAUCUAAAAUAUUUUUUCAGAUUAAAAUUGCUAAACGUGUGGACUUUAAGUUAAGUGGUGCAUGCUAACUGUCCCAUUCCAAAAAAAGGAAAAGCAACCAUCUUGAAUACUAAUAUGCUUAAUUUUUUUUCUUCCCAAAGUGAGCAUAUAUUUUAACCUUUGUUGUUAAUAUUUUGAAGUUUAUUUUUGUGUCUGGUCAGCUGCAAAUGGCAUAGGUGUUCUUAACAUGAGGAAACCUAGUUUUCAAAACAGGCUAUGGGAGCACAAGCUGAAGCUUUAGUGCCUUCUAGUGUUUUCUAGUAUUUUAUAUGUGCUAGUCAUUCUCAGUUCAUACUGAACCUAGAUAGCUAUUCCACCCACCCCCAUAGAGGAAUGUGUAAGUAGUGUGGAAGAACAGCUUCUUAGUUCACCUAAUACAAGAAAAAGAGGUUAGGUCUUUAAGGACAGGUUUAUCGCAUGAAGCAGAAAUAUAGUUUGGGGACCAUCAGUUUUGUACUCUUGUAGCUGAAAGUGAAGCAUGUUCUUAUUUUGCCUAAAUCAAAGGAAGCCCUUUAAUUCUCUACAUUGGAUGGCCUUAAUCAUUACCUCGCAAUCAUUUUCUCUAAUGCUGGUUAUAUGAUGUGCAAAAACUGUACCUGAAAGGGAUAGAGGUAUGUAUGGCUUUUUUUCCUCCCCACCCCUUAACCCCUACCCCCAGAGGGUUAAAUUUAUAUGAGUUUAAACUAUAAGUGAUUAGUCAUUCUUGGGGUCAGCUUUUUGUAAGAAAGCACUUACUUAGGAGAAUGACAUUUAAGAAGAUUUUUUCCAAAAAGCUCAACUCAUGCUUUCAGGAUUCCUUACAUCAUUGUUAGAUUUUCCCCAAGAAGUCAUACCUUUUAAUUAGCUCUUAAUACUAAAUCAAGUAUAAUUAUUUUAAUGCAACAUAAUACAAUCAAAUUUACUCGGUUGCCUUACCUCAUGGGAAGUUACUUCUGUAAAUUUAGAAAGCUGAAUAGUGUGCUCCUUACCUGCUUUUCAUUCGAUUUUCCUCGUAUGGUUAUUACAAUUGAAACUACAGUUUUGUGGAGAAUGGAGAAUUUCCCAUAUUUCAAGUAAAGAAUCCUGGUUUGAUUAUGAAGCUGCUUAAUCACUCUUCACAUGUUCAGAAUUAUAGUUUUUUUUGCCACUGUGUACAUUAAAAACUUUGUAAAAUGCUUUACUAUGUAAAGUAUAGAUGGUCAUUUUUAAUGCUUCAGCCACAUUCAGUUGGCUGGUAAAACAGCUUAUUCUCAUAAAAGAGUAACUUGUGUGGAUGGAAAGACCAGAGGGUUGUGUGUCUUGCAACAACUGUCUUAUUUAUGAUAUGUAAGUAGUGUAGAGCAAACAUUGUUUGAAUCCUUGUUAUCCUUAAUACCAUUUCACUAAUAAAACCAAGUGUUUUAGAGGGAAGUUUUUGUUUAUGCAUUUCAGAAGAGCAUCUUAGUAGAAUCCUGUCCUAAUUCUACUUGGUUUAAUAGACCUUUCAUUUGAAAAGUGCAUGCUUAUAGGCUGUUUAUAAAACAGUCACUUAAGGCUCUGUUUUUGGUUUGAUUCUGAACUUAAUUAAAUGAACCUUGUGUUAGUUGGAAUGAAUUUGGUUUCUGCUGCUGCUGGAGGUGGUUUUUCUUGGUAUUCACCUUUAAAAAUAAUCUUAGUAAUCAAAGGUCCUGAUUUUUUAAAAUUGGAAAAUGAAUAGCAAAUCAUCUACAAAUUUUUAAAGUUCUAGUAAAUUAAAUUAGAUUAUAAUGUGGGAUUUUCCUAAAUGAUGUGAGAAAGUUUGAUUGAUAGCAAUGGUUUCCAGAUUCAGAGAUAGCACUGUUGUCCUAAAAAAACAUGUAUUUUCCUUUUCAGCAUUAUUGCUUUAUUAUGUUUUAAUUUACUUUGCUUAAAGACUUGGUUUUCCAUUUUAUCACCUCAUUCUCUUGCUUCCCAUUUGACAGGAAUAUUUGAGAUUUAAUACCUAUUUAGUUUGUAGGUAUUCUUUUAACUUAAACAGUUUAUUCUUAAAAUUCUUAAAUAUUUUUUUCUGGGACCAUAGUAGAUAAUCCACAUGCCUUGUUUUCUGGCAAGAUUUGUAAUUCAACAGUGUUACAUACUGAACAGACAAACAAAUUAUUUCAUCCAUGGUUUGGUUCAAUAAACUGAGCCUCUUAAUUUUGAAAAAUGUCUUACCUAGUGUCACCCAAUAUAAUUUUUAAAUGAAUGCAAAUUAACUUCAUAGCAAAUACUUUGUUCUUUAUUUUCCCCCUGUGUUACAGAAUUCUUUUUUGAGAAGCUAAAGUACUUCACUAUUGUUGGAAAUGUUAUAUAGACUUGGAUUUCAACAUGUAUUUUAAAAUAACCAAUACUUGUAAGAUGAUUUUUGAUAAGAGAUUUUUCUCUUUGGUGCUAACCAUUUCCAGAAGUAUCAGUAUCUAAUUUUUUUUUUCCAGGCUGUUACCUAUCUUUAUAGAUUAGAAUAAAAAAAAACAGUCACAUAAAUCUAGGGUUUAGACUUCAAAUGAAGGAAAUUAUUAAUGAAUUAUUUCUGUGGAAAUCAUAUAGCAAGGUUUUUUUUUUAAGCCUAUUGAAGUAUUUUGUGUGUAUGGGUUGAUUAUUAUCUUCUAGCAGCUGAAUUAGUAGAAACUACGCUAUAUAUGGUGUGCUUUAAAAAAAAUAAAAACUGUCAAUUUGAAUAAUUUAGCUUUCACAAAUUGAGUACUAUUCAACUUAAGAUUCUAGUUCUGUGGGCUCUCAAAUAGGAGGAUUCAGUUUGUCAAAUGUUCCUUAUAUAUUUCCAUAGUUUUAUUUUAUACUACCUCUUCAUUUAGUUCUUCUAUUAAGCCAGCUCAAAGUGGCUUAUUUUAAACCCAUCUGCUGAAUUAACAUUUGGAAAUUUAAAAUCAGAUUGGUUUCACACUUCAAAAAUAAUUUAUUGCUCUUAAAUGGUGCUGAAUUGACAGCUCUGGAAAGAAGCUCCUUCAGCAUAAAUAAUGGAAAUCUAAAUAUCUCUAACAUAUUCAACAAAUGUGCCUCAGCCUGCCCAGCAGGUUGCAGGGGCAUAAAUGGGUCCUCUUAAUCUUGGGCUGCACAAAGAGUUAUCUUUUCAAAAUAUAUUCUCUUUGGUGAAGUGCCCCUGCCCCAGAAUUAAAAUAAUUCCUAAGACAAAAGCCACUAAACCAGCUACACUUUUUGGCCAUGUUCAGUUAGGUUGGAUUUGUUAACUCAUAAUUUGUCUAGUUUCAUUCUAUUAUGAUUUAGUUCUCUGCCCUAGAAUUUUAUUUCAGUGAUCACUUUAUAUCAGUCUUAAAUAUACUUCUAUGAUUGUACUGUUUCAAAUAAAUUUUGUUUUCUUGUCUCUUCUGAUUUUUAAAUGUCGCCUUAUCUUGCUAAUUUUUCAAAUUAAAAACUGCCAAGUUUUGACCCAUCUUGCAUGCAUUUUACCUCUGAGGCACUUAACACAAUAAUGGAAGAACUUAAUCUUUAUUGUUUUUAGUUCCCUCCAGUCUUGCUCUAAGACAACUUUAAAGCAUAAACAGUUACUUCCAGCUUUGAAUGUAAAUUCAAACUCUUGGAAACCACUUGGAGAAUCUAGAACUAAUGAAGUUGCACCAGUUUAGGCUACCAGUAGAUAGUGAACUGCUAGGGAAUAAAGCAGAGAAGGAUCUACCCAAGAAUUUCUUGAUUUUCAGAGCAGUUUAUUUUUAGUUAGCUCUUUACUAUGUAGCUAUACAAUCAAUUCAGUUGGAUAGUUAAGUAAUAUCCCACAUUUUGAUCUCAUUUAGUUGUAUUAAAUAAUGCUUGUUACAUAAUUCUCUUGGUUAUAAAACAAAGAGAUUAAAAUUGAAACAUCUGAAGAAAUGAUGUGCUACAUGAGUGGUAUAUAUUUGUGGGUAGAGCCAAUAUUAAAUGGUACUAGUAAAGAUAUGUCUAAUGAUGCUGCUAUUAUGUUGCUAUAUUUUUAAUAAAAUUAAACUCUUAAAAUCUUA